AUGCACGACAUCAAUAAUUCCGUGGUGCCGCGAUCAGUCUAUCUUGUCGACUUCCAGGAAAAAACGACGGUUGCGCAUGCAGAGAGCGACGGCGCCAUUGAGCUCAGUCCGAUGCCUUCGAAUGACAUUAACGAUCCCCUGAACUGGAGUAGAUGCUGGAAAAUUCUGCAGAUUGCCCCUACCUCCCAACUGCUCUCCUUCACCACAGGCCACUACUCAUGGACGUUCACAUAUAGAUCCAUGAGAGAAUGCGAGCGUCAACGACCGCCAUCGCAUUUCCGACUUAGUCCGCCUACACCAACUAUGACCGCUCAUGCAUUACCGCCAAUUUUCGACGCUCAUCUUGCCUCGGGUCAACCGCACAACGAUACUGGCGAUGACUUGAUUCACGAUGAAGAUCAUACUCUUCAUCCAUCCAAUUUGCAACUGUUAGCCGUAAGGCAGCUCAUGGCUGAAGACCACGAAGUGAUCAGUGGUUCGUCUGUAAACGCUGACCCGCAGGAUCUGCACAAGACACUAGAAGCUCUGACAACGUCAACAUUUGAAGACGUGGAGUUCAAGCGGUGA